CAGCUUGAUUUUGACAAAAUGUCCCUCCCAUGGCCAACUCACCAUUGCUCUCGUGAGAUGUGUAGCCUACUGAAGAACUUUAGUUCAGAUUUCAGGCAAAUUGCGUUGAUAAGGGGAGUUUUGAAAUGGUACAGUCUCAGGCAGAAUGGGUGUGGUUGGUCGUGCAUAUUUGAUGUUACGUUACCGUAUGAUUUCAUUUGGGACAAAACUGACAUUUAAAUGUGUCAUCGAAAAAACUGUAUUGUAAUCAUAGCUUCAUCAAUUACAUGGUGAUUUGACUCUUGGCAUUGUGGCACCGAUGGGUGGGUUUUGUUCUCAUCCAACAAGAUAACUAAGUCGUUUUGCGUUAUCAUAUUUGAUUUAUCUUUCAAGCCUCAAACCCAGAGUGCCUCGAUUUACUUAAUAAUUCAUUUUUGAAGAAGGGAGGCGACGGUCAUAUCGCAACCAUAGAACGGGUAAAGAGGGAGGAGGAAGAGACCGUCAAGCUAGGGAGGAAGGAAGCGAGGAUCACAAAAGCACAACUAGAGAGAAACAAAUGCCUCGACAUUUAUUUAUCUUUGUCCAGCUCUUGGGUGAAAACAGACUGAAAUGAAGUGUCAAUUUGCGAUUGUUUAGAUCGCCGGUUCUUAUAGUCAGGCUGGUAAGGCUUAUUUUUUUUCUAAGACGAACCCAACCUGAGGAGGAGGAAACGGGAAAGGCUACAUCAGAAGCAAAUUCAUCUCGAGAAGGCGUCCAGUCAAUAGGAGCAAUGGUGGCCCUGCACUUAUAUUUGAUAUAUUUCUGACAUUUGGAAAGAAGCUACCAGAAGGAAAACAAGAUAGGAAACAGCCAGCGGGGAGCUCUGAAUACAUUGUAAUUUAAUCAGUCUUUGUUUUUGUCAAGAAGAUCAAGGGGGGACUUCGCUCGUCCCGUCUAAACAAUCCAGCCCAUAGUCAUUCGACGUGGGAAACAGCUGCCUCACCAGCAAGAUAAAAAAAUACAGGUGGCCGAGAGGCAGAGGGUGAGCGAGCGGGCCGGGGGAAUCCACCAUGAGCGAGCUGGAGCAGCUACGGCAGGAGGCAGAGCAACUGAGGAACCAGAUCAGAGAUGCAAGGAAAGCAUGCGGAGACUCCACCCUUACUCAGAUAACGGCAGGUCUGGACCCCGUUGGGCGCAUUCAGAUGCGGACGAGGCGUACUCUCCGUGGGCACCUGGCUAAGAUCUAUGCCAUGCACUGGGGCACUGACUCAAGGCUCCUGGUCAGUGCAUCUCAAGAUGGCAAACUGAUUAUCUGGGACAGCUACACCACUAAUAAGAUGCAUGCCAUCCCCCUGCGCUCGUCCUGGGUGAUGACGUGUGCCUACGCUCCCUCUGGGAACUUCGUAGCUUGCGGGGGGCUGGACAACAUCUGCUCCAUCUACAGCCUGAAGACCCGCGAGGGCAAUGUCCGCGUCAGCCGAGAACUACCUGGCCACACAGGUUACCUAUCCUGCUGUCGUUUCAUUGAUGACAAUCAAAUCAUCACAAGUUCAGGAGAUACAACCUGUGCAUUGUGGGAUAUAGAGACUGGGCAGCAGACUACCGUGUUCUCCGGUCAUAGCGGAGACGUCAUGAGUCUGUCCCUGGCACCCGACUCCCGCUUGUUCAUCUCUGGCGCAUGCGAUGCCUCCAUCAAGCUCUGGGACAUCCGGGACAGCAUGUGCAGGCAGACGUUCACCGGCCACGAGUCUGACAUCAACGCCGUCUGUUUCUUCCCGAGCGGCAGUGCGUUUGCCACAGGAUCAGAUGACGCCACCUGUCGUCUGUUCGACUUGCGGGCCGACCAGGAGCUUGGCCUCUAUUCCCACGACAACAUCAUCUGCGGCAUCACCUCGGUGGCCUUCUCCCGCUCCGGACGCCUGCUGCUCGCCGGCUACGACGACUUCAACUGCAACAUCUGGGACGCGAUGAAGGGCGACCGAGCAGGUGUGUUGGCGGGUCAUGACAAUCGUGUCAGUUGUCUGGGUGUUACAGAAGAUGGCAUGGCGGUGAGCACCGGAUCUUGGGAUAGCUUCCUCAAGAUUUGGAACUGACCACACACAAACAACACACACACACAAACACAUACAGACACACAAACAAACACACACACACACACACACACACACACACACACCUGCAUGCAAGCACACACACACACACACACCCCCUCUCAAAAUGGUCCUACAGUAUUCAUACUUAACACUUCGGUGCACACAUUGCACUCUGUAUGCACACUGUAUUGUAUAUAAGGUGUACACACACAUGCACACACACACACACACACAAACAUACAGAAGGUCAUUGUAAAUAUUAAUUCCAUUUAGGUAUGAGUUUACGUACCCGUUAAUAUACAUGUCACAAGCAAUUCUUCUCCAUACCAAUCAGAAUGUAUGCAGGUUUGCCCACUUGAAGUAUACAGAAGUGUUCACAUAUUAGUACUCUUUAAAUGUCUAUACUGACGACAACACUUUACAAUGCAUACUACAUCUUACACUGCAUACUACUUCUUACACUGAAUCACGAAGUGACCAAAACAACUUCUUCAUUAAAGGAAGUAUUUGGUAGGCUGGUAGAUGCUUUACGAACUCCUGGUAUGACCAGUAUUUCUUUCUCUUUCUAGUUUGCUUUCUCUUUCUCUUUCUCUCACACACAAACACAGACACAGAUAUUCACACCCAAACACACACACACACACACACACAGACACAAAACACCUGCUUGUUUAAAGGACACCAUCUCGGAAGCUCGCCGAGACCUUGAGGGACUUGUUGAAACAGUCCCUUGUCAUGUCUUGAUUUUGUCGCAUAUCCCCACCACUAUGUAAACACAGUGACCCGAAGCGAGCAGAAGGAUGGCGUCUACUGUCUCUACUGAAGCAGAGGGCAAAGGUCAAAAACACAAAAAACACUGCCAAAUAUGUCAGCUGGCUCACACGGCCAUUUCUGUUGUAAACGUUUUUAUAGAUAUGUACACCUGCAUAUAUAUAAGUAAUAUAUGAUAGUUUUGUUUCAAUGGUUUUUGUUUUUUUAAAGCUUAUUUUAUUCAUUUUCCUGUGUGCCUCAUAUACAUUGUUAAGGUAAGAACGGUAACUAGAAAAUAAUUAAAACACCAAAUAUCUGAAGUAACGCAGACCCUUGUCACACUGACUGAAUGGCAUGGUAAUUACAUAAGAACUCCAUGUACUGACACACAUUUUUGGCAACCCAGUACAUCCAUUAAUAGUUCAUAAUAUAUUGAAUGUCACAGCUCUAAGGGAACUGUUGAAAUGGUUGGCCAUGUUAUAUUUCAGAAUGUACUACAUUUUCAAAUUGUUUUCAUUUGCAAGUAACACUUCAGUAACAAUUCACUGCACUGUCUUUAUUAAAAAUGUAUAUCAAUGGUCA